AUGGCGGUGCGACAGGCUUCAGAGACGUCCGCCGCCGCGACCCGCGACGGCGCGGAGUGUGGCGCGCGCCGGGCGGGAAGGCCUCGGGCGCGAGGCGCCGCGCGGAAAGGCGGAAACACAGAGCAAGAUGGUUCACGCGCGUCGUGUCAACUCAGGGGUUCACUCGAGACUCGCAGAGAGAUGGAGUGCGCAGCACAAGCCAGCGAGAAAAACACGGGGCCGUCGCGCGGCCGCGGCCGCAGCCGAGCCGCCGCCUUGCCCUUGGGGGGGGAGCUCGAGGCCGCGGGGCUCUCACCCGCCGACAGGCGGGCGUCUGCGUCUCCGGCGGCGCCGGCGCAUAGAGGCGCGGAGACUGCGGGGAGGGCGGGCGGGGCGAAGGCGACGACACAUCGCUCGCAGAGGAGCAAGAAAGUUCGGAAGACCGACGUGUCCCUCGGCCUGUUCUUCGCCGCUGCAGGGCUGCAGAGGGAGAGGAGGAAACCGACUGUAGAUAGGGGAACGGGGAGAAGCAGCGGAGCGCUUGAGCCUAGCGCGAGUUUGCCGGAGGGCGACUCGGCUUUUUCUGCUGCCGCUUUUCCCGAGCUCGUUUCGCCUUUUCUGUGGCCUCCGAAGCUUCACUCUCGAUCUGUGAACCAAGAAACAUACGCUCACGAAGGCGCUGUGCGAACCGCGAACGGAGAAAAGCGCGACGAGUGCAGCAUCUACCACGGGGAGAGGAAGGAAGGGGGAGACGGCCAGGGACGGGAGCCUGGGAAAGGCGACGACGGGGGGUCGAUUUCGCAGGUCUUAAACGCUGUGAAGGGCUCGGGAGAGGCAGCAACCCCGCGGUCAGCGACAGAGGGCGAAUAUGACGACUCCAAAAAGCGAGGCGCAGGCGUGCGCGGGACGCAUAUGAACCGAGGGAGGGAAAAAGGCACGGCCGCCAGAGAAGAAGAGGACGCCGCGCGGCAGCGUGGCAGCGCGGCUUCCUCUGCAAAGAAGGAUAAAAAUUUUGGACCAAACACUUCAAAUCGAGGACUGGCGGGUGUGCGCCAGCCUCCCUUGGGGGGUCGCGACACGGAACGCUCUACUGCUGGCAGAGAGAGCCCGCGGGCGAGGCGCGUUUACACGCGACAGGCAGCGGAUCCGGAGGAUGAGUUUCGCAGGAAUCUGCUUCGCCUCCGUCACCAGUUUUCUUCUUCGCGGCACGCCGCGAGCCAGUGUAUGGUGCCUCCGGGCGGUGCGGCGAGCGACGCGGCCGCCAGGGAGGCGAGCGGAGGAGGAGGGAGACAGGGCUACCCGCGGGGUGACGCAGUGCAGAGCAGAAACGGCCUGGGGAGGGAGAACGGCGCGCCGGCGCUCGACCCCAGCAGACUGAAGUACAGGGGCAGGCGAGUCCAGGUCCGCGAGCGGCUCACAGAGAUCAAGGAGAAAAUGCACCUUGAGCGGAAACUGAGGCAGGAGUUGUUCUCGAAAGGCGCGCAUCGAGCGCACGGCGAUGGCGCAUGUGGGGCGGACGGCGAGGCGCAAAGCUGCGAAAGACAGGCGGAGGCAGCAAAUCGCCACGCCGGCAAAGCGGAAGGCGCGGCGGAAAAGGACGGCGGACGCCAUGCCCACAAGGCGACAGAGGCGGAGAUGAGACAAGCCGCGGGCACAGAGAGGACGAAGGAGGCUGAGAUGGCGCGCGGAGCCGCGAGCGGCGAAGAGGCCGCGCCUGACGCCGCGUUUGGGCUAGACGCCGCCCCUGACGAGGGGCUGAGAAGCGAAGCUGGAGAGCGAAGAAGAGAUGAAGGUGACUCGCGGGAAGACGAACGAGAAGGAAAAGCAGGCGCAGGUGAAGUCACGGAGGAGAGCGAGAGACGAAUAAGCAGAGGCGAGGGAGGCCGCGGCGCCUCGAGGAGCCGUGACAAAGGUGCGGGAAGCAUGCGGCGCGAAGGUGCGACCGCAAGAAGGCAAGGAGAAAGUGUCACCUUGGAGGAGAGCAGCGAGGGACUCCACGCCGUAUCGGCAGGCGAGGACGUGCAGAGUCAUCUCGACAGCGAAGAGCGGCUUCGAGAGCGGUUGAGACGCAAUGCCGAAGUUCGGCGCUAUGAAUUUUGCAAGCAUUGGAAAGCCCUCAAGAAAAGGGAGAGAGCCCGUCUCGUUUCGCCUUUCGCUACCGCAGCCUCAGCGAGCCCUGCUUCGCCCUCCUCCUCGUCGCCGUUCAUCUCUUGCGCCUCGCCGUCGUCCCCUGUCGCACACACUUCCGUCGCGGCCCCCAGCGCGUCUGCUUCAGCUUUGUCGCCUCCUUCGGCGCUCCACGUUUCCUCUUGCCACGGGGGGCCUGUCGGGGGAGACUCGCCAGAGGUGAAGGAGGGACGGAGAGGCGCGGUGCAAAUGAGCAGCGGCGACGGCGGAGCAGGAGAAACGAAUGCGAGUUUACGCAGACGCGUCGACGAGUUGGAGAGUCUCCGCCAGAGGAGCAGAGAGAGAGAAGGCUGCGGCCCCGGGGAAUGCGAGCCUGCCUUCAUCGCCAACUACGUGGAUAUGGUCACUGGCGAGGACGACUGGGAGGCGGCCCUGAGCGACUUUCUUGGGAAUCUCCAUCGCCUUCAGGUUCGGUUGUUGAGCAAAGCUCCACAAAAGCGCGCGACCCAACGCCGAUACGUGCUCGGAUUGAAGGCCGCGCGCGUCGCCUUAGCUGCGAAGGAGGCGCUUCGUGAUGCAGAGGAGAAGCGGAAGACGGAAGGCGAGGCGCAGCUCGUCAGCGAAAGCGAGGAAGACGAGACGCGGAGGAAGAAGCCGAAGCUCAUCGUCGUCGCCGCCAACUGCGAGCCGACGGUCUCCGAAGGGGGGCUGUCGGACCUCAUUAUGACGGUGUUGGCGGCCGCGCGUGCGCGUGGAGUCCCUGUUGUGUUCUCCGCUUCGCGAAACCGCAUCAAGAGGGCGCUUUGCAGCAGCAUGCGGCAGAGCUGCGUGACUGUGAAGAACGUUGAAGGCCUGGAAAGGCAGCUGAAAGCGCUUCUCCUCCUUGCCCAGACAAAAAAAGAUCGCUGGAAGGAGCUCCGCGGCGACUUGCACGCCGAGUGUUCGCCAGAGGCCAGCAGAAAACGCGAAGACGACGUUCGUGGCGGCAGCCAAGCGGACUGA